AUGGGUAAGACGGAGGCGAGAGUAAGGCCUCGGAAGACAGUGAAGGAGCAUCUGAGAAAGUUCAAGACGAACCAAGUGGUGAUAGGCAAUUCGAGAAUCGCCAGAAUUGACGAUACUGAUGUGGGCAAUCCUCAGCUAGAUCUACUUCUGCAGUUGUUCUUGAAGAAGAAAUUGCUGGGGCGGUAUAGCAAGACUUCAAAAAGGCAACUUGCGGAGAACUUGCCUUUGUUAGUGGGUUCAGGCUACCCUGAGGUGAAUUUCGAGAUCCACUUGUUUCUCAGCACGAUUGUGACCAAUUAUGUCUGCUCUUGGUACACGAAGCUUGGAACUGACAACUACGAUUUUGUCGAGGAGGUUUAUUCGACUUUGUGCUUCAUAACAAGGGAUUUGAUGAUGAGGAUAGAGCAUGCGUUGAGAGGGGACAAAUCCCUCUUCUUGCUCGAUGAUCUCGCUACCAUCCUUGAUAGACAUUUAAGAGAGACUCAUUUAGAGGGUGGAGAGUUCUAUUUUCUUCAAGAGGCUAAAUUCCAGCAGCAGAAUGUACACCGGGUGACCAAACCUUUGACGGACCAAGAGAUUGUAGAACAGUACUUGGCCAGCCAGCAUGCCAUCUUUGAUCCCCACACAAGACCACUGGAUACUCAAGACCAGAAUUCAGACAUCCGAAUUUUGUAUUUCAGAGUCCUUGCUCACAAGCUUCUUGAAACCACCUUUGCGAGGUCAAAAGGGAAAAACCCGCUUUCGUCAGAGAUUGUGCGGAGCUUUGUGGUAAACCUCAUGGGAGAUUUUGUGUUGGAGAAGCUCUUCAUGAAAUUAUCUUCUCCAUCCUUUGUUUUGCAAACUGUGGUGGCCAAGGUAGUCGAGGUGACAUCGGAACAAGAGAAAACGGGUUCACCUGUUUCUUGGUCUGGCAAAAUUCAGCAGGCGUAUUCUUCAUUCAUGUUGUUUAUUUAUGCUGCCAAGAUGAAAAAGCAGGAGGUCUUGAACACCGAGGUGAGAGGUCAAAGUUGGUCGCCUUUCAAAUCCCCAGUAUUUUCCUUGCUUAAUACCCUCACAGGCUUUCCUAACCGACUACCCAAUCUAUUCUUCGUGAUGUGUAUGUUCCAGACGUUCAUCACGUCUUUGGGAGUUGUAACGGCAAAGUUGAAUACUUUCGUGAGCUCGUAUAUUUUGAAGUGGGUCUCCUCAAGCUGGGUGUUGGAGGACAAGAAUUUGGCUGCAAACCUCAUGAACCUCAGGAAGUUGUUAUUUGAACAGGACAAUGCAGAACAAUCCAACCAAAUUCAUCUGCGUCAGGAACUCGGUGAACUUCUUUUUAAGAAUUUCAAAGCUCUACUAUCAAAGUUGGGCUGUUCAGCUGAAUGGUUGUCAUAUAAAGAAGAGAGUGAGCUCGACGCAAUUGCAUCAAUUGUCAACACGCUUUCCCAAUUUGAAGGCAGCUGCAUUUGUAACGAUGGACCGGAUGAGAGCAAGCUCAACCAGCUCCUUAUCAUUCAAGCUUUGGACCUUAUCAUAGCCCGCUUGUACCCAGAAUUGGUCAAGCCUACUGGAGUUUAA